GGGGUAGAGAUAUCAUCAAUAUAUGAACGUAUAAACGAUCCAUAUAAAUAGAACUCAGUCGAUACCAAUUCUACAAAAAAUGGAACGUGAUGAUAAUUCUCUAGGUGCAACUGCAUCUCGAGGCAUAGUUGCCUCGCAAGAAGACAAUCCAAAUUCCCGAGAAUCAUUUACUCUCGAAGGCACUUCCCCCGAUAUCGAGCUCCGACAAAUGGAAUCAACCCACAAACGAGCAUCCGUUCUCAUCGGUUCCGCAAUCUUACAAUUACCCAUAUGGGGUUUCGCCAUGAACUACGGAGUCCUCCAAGAAUACUACUCUACAAACUGGACACUCCAAGGAAACAUAGCCAUAACCGGCAUCAUCGGCACCACCUCCAACGGCGUCAUGUAUCUCUCCAUGCCCUUGCUUUUCCUCCUCUUCACCAAGCGCUGGGCUCGCUAUCGACAAACCGCUGCUCUAGCCGGCACCCUCCUUGCCUGUCUCAGCUUCGUGCUUUCAGCAUGGAGUACCCACGUCUGGCAUCUAGUAGUCACCCAAGGCAUACUCUCCUCAUUCGGCUGCGCGCUCAUCUACAGCCCCACCACCUUAUCCCUCGGAGAAUGGUAUUCUACCCGCAACCGCGCCGUCGCAUACGGAAUCGUGCUAUCCUGCAAAAACAUCGUCGGGUCCGCAUGUCCAUUCCUCCUACGCGUCUUACUCGACACCUAUGGAUUCCGCACUACCCUCCGCAUCUGGGCCGCUCUCCUCCUCGCAACCAGUAUCCCCGCUAUCUACCUAAUCCCCACACACCCCUCCAACAUCUCCACCCCGCAUCAACGAACCCGGAAAAUCCCCUGGGAAUUUCUCCACCACCAAACCUUCUGGAUCUACACCAUCGCCAUCAUUCUCCAAAGCAGCGGAUACGGCAUUCCGCAAACGUAUCUAAACACCUACGCGCACGAAGUAACACUUCUUUCCCAAACCACCGCGACUCUCCUCCUCACUCUCUUCAACAUCCCCGGCGUGCUCUCUUCCUUUUUCUUCGGCUAUCUAAGCGACAAUAAACAUUUCCCCCUUUCCGCCACAGCCGUAACAUCCAUCUCCGCGCUCGCGUCCGCGCUGUCGGCAUUCCUCUUCUGGGGUUUAACAUCGCAAGGAAGCAUGGCACUACUGAUUAUCUUUUCUCUCACAUUCGGCUUUUUCGCCGGCGGGUACAGCGCAACCUGGGGCGGGAUUCUUACGGAAAUGGAGCGCGAAGCCGCGGAGAGAAAUGAACCCAUUGAUAUCGGUGUGCUUUAUGGAUUUUUGAAUGGAGCGAGGGGUAUUGGUUAUGUGAGUGGUGGGUUAGCGGGCGUGCCGUUGUUGAAAGCGGGAAGUGGAGGAGGAGGCUUGGGACAUUUUGGGUAUGGGACGAGUUAUGGACCGUUGAUUAUUUUCACGGGGUUAUCGUCUGUGUUUGGGGGUUGGGGAUUAGCGUGGAAAUGGAAGAAGUGGUUUCAUUUUUCGUAGAGGGCUAGAGUCGUACAUUGGAUAGAUGCCAAUUUGCUGUGCUCAGGACUGUGUAUAUAGUGUUGAGCCUCCCCUUGAAAGACAGAAUAUAGCUUGAAAAUGAAAGCUGUUCGGCAAAGAACAUACUAUACCAACAUAGAAAAUAGAUAUAGAAAUGUAGAAAUCAAAUCUGUAUUCCAUCCAUUAAUCAACGAUCCACGCCACUCAGUGACCCUUAUAAACCACAACAGAGUUACCAAGCCAAACCAUCAACAAAUGCACAUCAAUAUCCUUCCACCCA